AUGGACACUUUACUACCGCAGAUCAUAAAAAUUGACCGUCGUUUGUACCGCAAAAACCCGUCUAGGUCCUCAACCAAAAUCGUACCGGUCGGCCAUCUAGAAGAAGAGGCUGACAUCAAUUUCCCUGAUGAACCCUUAGCUGCGGAUGACACACAGGAUGAAUCCAUAUUUUCGGGUCCGACGGCCAUCUCUCUUACGAAACUUAUAUCUUGCGAACAGAGUAAAUCUACUGGGACGGUCUACGUGCCGAAGAUUUUUCACAAGAACGUGAUCGGCAACAACCGAGCCACUCAGAAAAAAAUAGAGGCCGAACUAAAUUGCAAACUGAUCUUCCCUAAUCAGUCCUCCUCUGACGCCCAUAUAAAAAUUGUGACAGAAUCGUCUGCUAAUAUUUCAGCCGUCAUCAGUAGGAUUAAUUGUAUCCUGACCGAUGCCAGGUCUUUUCUUCCGCCUACACAUUUUGUUUGUCUACCCGUUCUCCAUCCGCUGGCAAAGGAUGCUUUUGUGAGCUUUCAGCAAGAACUGCUUAUAAACGCCCAUAAGGAUCAAAAUCGAGGUUAUGGGUAUAUCGACGGCGAUCUUUUCCCUGCGCCGACCAAAUUACACUUUACCCUUGCAACUCUGUUACUGGCGGACCAGCGGGAGGUUUCUUUUGCAUCGAAACUCCUUACUUCGUUUGCCACUACCGAACCGGGUGAAUCCUCAUUGAGGGAUGGGCCUUUUCGUCUUACCAUCAAAGGGUUUGACUGUAUGAAUGACGAUCCGAAAUCUGCCUAUGUUCUCUAUGCUAGGCUCCUCGAUAACGCUGAAGCUAGGCGUUUGCAGACUGUCGCGAACAACAUAGCUGAUUUAUUUACUCAGCAUGGACUUCACAGCGGCCGUCGAGAAAUUGGUGAUCCAGUAAAACUACACAUGACUGUCAUGAACUCUCGUCUCCGAUGUGAGCGUCAGCGAUCACGGGUGCCAACGGGAGGGACGGCGGAUAUCAAUCCCGUAUCUUUCAAUGCGUCGGGAGUUUUCCACGAUUACACUGAUUAUACACUAAUUAAAGAAGGCCAAUUUGGUGAAAUACAGUUGUGUAGCCUGCUGGGGGACAAAGACACAAAAACGUCUUUCUAUCCAUGUAUGGCCAAAUUGAAUUUACGUCAAGCGAACUCGUAA